GGAGGAAGUCGGGUUUCAGAACCAGCCCUGGGGAUUAACAAGAGGAGAGUCUGGCUUCCUGCCAUUCGAGGUCAUUUUUACCAGGAUCUCAAAAGCAACCCCAAACGGAUCAACCUGGUCAGAGAAGACUUCUCUUCUGAGCACUGUAAAGUGACUUCUGAGGACAGAAGUUUGAUGACACAGACCACUGAAUUUCUUUGUUCGGAGUCCACGUUAUGAACCCUUUCUGGAGUAUGUCUGCAAGCUCUGUCCGCAAACGAUCUGACGGUGAGGAGAAGGCAUUAACAGGGGACGUGAUAACCAGCCCUCCACGUGCUGCUCCAAAGAAACAGCUGCCUUGUAUUCCCAAAAACGCUUUGCCCAUAACUAAGCCUACAUCCCCCGCCCCAGCCGCACAGUCAACAAACGGCACACAUGCUUCUUAUGGACCCUUCUACUUGGAAUACUCUCUUCUUGCAGAAUUUACCUUGGUCGUGAAGCAGAAGCUGCCGGGUGUCUAUGUGCAGCCGUCUUACCGCUCUGCAUUAAUGUGGUUUGGAGUAAUAUUCAUACGGCAUGGACUGUAUCAAGACGGUGUGUUUAAGUUUACAGUUUACAUCCCUGAUAACUACCCGGAUGGUGACUGCCCUCGCUUGGUGUUUGAUAUUCCGGUCUUUCACCCGCUAGUCGACCCCACCUCAGGGGAACUGGAUGUCAAGAGAGCAUUUGCAAAAUGGAGGCGGAACCAUAAUCACAUUUGGCAAGUUUUAAUGUACGCAAGGAGAGUUUUCUACAAGAUUGAUACAUCAAGCCCCCUAAACCCAGAGGCUGCAGUGCUGUAUGAAAAAGAUGUUCAGCUUUUUAAAAGCAAAGUGGUGGACAGUGUUAAGAUGUGCACGGCUCGUUUGUUUGACCAACCUAAGAUAGAAGACCCCUACGCAAUUAGCUUUUCUCCAUGGAAUCCUUCUGUACAUGAUGAAGCCAGAGAAAAGAUGCUGACUCAGAAGAAGAAGCCUGAAGAACAGCACAAUAAAAGUGUUCAUGUUGCUGGCCUGUCAUGGGUAAAGCCUGGUUCAGUACAACCUUUCAGUAAAGAAGAGAAAACAGUAGCAACUUAAGCGCUGGUGAAUCUGGUGCACCGUGCACUUUCCUGCCGGACUCGGGCCUAGUUAGAGCUGACCGAUGGCAAAGGACUGCCGGAAGAGUAAACUGUGCGAACGAGGACUGGUAUCAGUGUGUCCGUGUGUGCGUGGGUUCUAACAGCAAGUUUUGGAAACCUCUCUCUAAGUAAUGCAUUACUUCUGUCAGAAGUGUCUUUAGGGUGGUUAUCUAGUUGAGUACUCCAAAUUAUUGGGGACCUCGAGGCUUAAGUAUUUUUCUGAAUAUAACGCUAAAGGUAAGUUACGUUCAUUUAAACUAAUAGAGUAGCAGAGUUCGGCACUCUCAUGACUCUGACAUGCGUGGUUUCAGUUGUAUAUAAUGUCAGGACGAGAAGGAGGUAGAGAGAACAGGUUCCGUAGCUGAUGAGCACUUGGAAAUGGAAGAUCAUCCGAACCUCAGUCCUCCGUCUGCUGUCUUACUACUUUACAGACUCCUGUCAAUCACUGAGGUACACAUUAGGUGAGUGAGAGGAAACCAGAACACUUGUUCAUAGCUGAGGGUUUUUUUUCUUUUUUUUUAAAAGGAAAUUACUUACUGUAUUUUUAUGGCAGGAGGGAGAAAGUGUUAAAACGGUUUCUAAUGAAGUCAGAUAUUUAAAUGAUGAAUGACUAAUGUGUUUUGUAGAAACAAAAAUAAACCAAUAAAUGAUUGUUCUUUGUCAUUUA